GCACACGCACCCAUAAUCCUGCAUUUCUCCAACAAGUUGUUUAUGGAGUUGCUUCUCUAUUUGCCUACAUCCCCCAAUUCACCCCUCCCCCUGUCUCCUGUGCCAGCGUCUUGGUCCCAACCUGAAGGAGGGGGAAGGGCGGCAGCGCGGGUGGGGGAGGACAGGCCGGACGCGCGACGCCCGCGCCCCCGCGCCCCCUUUCAGCCCGCGGCCGCCGCCCCCGGAUUAUUUAUCCGCAAAGUUCCGCGCGCGCCCAUUGGGCCGCGGCCCGGGUGUCAGCGCGAGUCCUGGUUUGUCAUUGGCCCCGUACACGUGCGGCCCUGACUCACGUGCUUCCGGUUUGAAGGCAAAAAGUGUGCCUGGGUGAUUUUUUUUUAAGCGAGAGAGUUUGUGCAAAGAUCCGAGCUGUCAGAGAUUUGAAAAAAAAAAAAAGGCAGCCCCGGCGCUGGCGGAGACGCGCUCGCUCUGCAAAAAAAGCAAAGGCGAUUAAAUGCGCUGCCAGCCUCGCGCUCUGGGCACAGCUGAGCGUGACACUCGGGGAAGUCAAACCCUUCAUUACUGCCUAGAAAGACUAGGCUAGACUUUAAAGACUAUUUUUUCCCUUUACGAAAAAAAAAAAAAUCUUGGAACGUUUUUCUUUUUUUCCUUUUCUUUCUUUAAUUUUUCUUCCUUUAUUUUUGGUCGUGGCUCCCUCCCCAUUUAAAACACAUCAUUGAAUCUGGUCGCAGAAAGAAAAAAGAAAUUGCCAAGUGUCUCCAUAUCUGGAUGUCUACAAAUUAGAGCGAGGGAGAGAGACAGCGAGAUCUAGCUGCUCGAUAAGAGCGAAAGACCCAGGCCAAGAGCCUAGGCUUUUUUCCUGCACCCGCCCCGUGCCUUCGCUGGGAUUUCGCCUGCCUUCUUCUCUCCGCGCACCCCCACGGGCCGCUGGCAAAGUGGGGUGGGGAGUGAGGAGGGGGGGCGGGGGCCGGCGCUGCGGCCGGGGCGGCAGGGCGGCCGAGCAUGGAAGAACAGCAGCCGGAACCUAAAAGUCAGCGCGACUCAGGCCUCGGCGCGGCAGCGGCCGCGGCUCCGGGCGGCCUCAGCUUGAGCCUCAGCCCAGGCGCUAGCGGCAGCAGCGGCAGCGAUGGAGACAGCGUUCCCGUGUCCCCGCAGCCCGCGCCCCCCUCGCCUCCCGCGGCGCCUUGCCUGCAGUCCCUGGCCCACCACCCUCAUCUCCCCCCGCACCCCCCGCCCCCGCCGCCGCCGCCGCAGCAGCAUCUCGCGGCGCCUGCUCACCAGCCGCAGCCCGCGGCCCAGCUGCACCGCACCACCAACUUUUUCAUCGACAACAUCCUGAGACCGGACUUCGGCUGCAAAAAGGAGCAGCCGCCGCAGCAGCUUCUGGUGGCGGCGGCUGGAGGAGGAGCAGGAGCAGGAGGCCGGGUCGAGCGUGACAGAGGCCAGACUGGCGCAGGUAGAGACCCUGUCCAUUCGCUGGGUACAAGGGCGUCAGGCGCCGCCUCGCUCCUCUGUGCUCCGGACGCGAACUGUGUCCCGCCCGACGGCUCCCCGCCUGCGGUCGCCACUGGUGCGGGCGCGUCAAAAGUUGGAAACCCAUCGGUGGCGGCGGCGGCGGCGGCUGCAGCAGCGGUGGCAGUAGUAGCAGCGGCCAAGUCCUCGGACAGCGGCGGCGGUAGUGGAGGUAGCGCCGGGAGCCCGGGUGCGCAAAGCGCCAAGUAUCCGGAGCACAGUAACCCCGCCAUCCUGCUUAUGGGCUCAGCCAACGGUGGGCCCGUGGUCAAAACUGACUCGCAGCAGCCCCUCGUCUGGCCCGCCUGGGUCUACUGCACGCGUUAUUCGGAUCGCCCGUCCUCCGGUCCGCGCACCAGAAAGCUGAAGAAGAAGAAGAACGAGAAAGAGGACAAGCGGCCACGGACGGCGUUCACGGCCGAGCAGCUGCAAAGACUCAAGGCGGAGUUCCAGGCGAACCGCUACAUCACGGAACAGCGGCGGCAGACCCUGGCCCAGGAACUCAGCCUCAACGAGUCCCAGAUCAAGAUCUGGUUCCAGAACAAGCGCGCCAAGAUCAAGAAAGCCACAGGCAUCAAGAACGGCCUGGCGCUGCACCUCAUGGCGCAGGGACUAUACAACCACUCCACCACCACCGUGCAGGACAAAGACGAGAGCGAGUAGCCGCCGGCGGCGGCAGGGCCGGCGCGCUUGGUCCGGUCGCAGCGCCCGGGCCCCCUCCUAGCUCCACCACUGCAGCGUCUCCGGUCCUGCUUCGGGGGUACCAGAAUCAACGAAAGGAGAGAGGGCUCCGCGGGAUAGAGAGAAAGAGAUUCUCAGAAUGGAGAAUCACAAAACAUUUCUAAUUUAGGAGAAAGACAUGGACAGGUGCUAUCGAAAAAACAGAUCUCUUCUGUAUUCACAGUUUAAGGGACGCAACUGCGAACUCCUUAAAGCUCUAUUUAGCCAAACCGCUUACGACCUUGUAUAUAUUUAAUUUCAGGUAAGGAAAAGAAAUAUGUGUAGCGAUCUCUAUUUGCCGGACAUUUUUAUUAAUCCCUUUUAUUCUUAUUGUUAUAAUUAUUAUAAUUAUUAUAAUUAUUUUAUCCCCCCACUUCCGCCUCGUUGCCCCAUUUCCUUUUCGUUGCCUUUUUCUUUUGAAUGUCCUCGUUUUUUCCGGGUGCCUCCCGCCCGCUUUGCUGCCCGGUGUUUUUCUGGGACUUUUCUUUGUGUGCGUGAGAGUGUUCCUCGAGUGUCUGCCCUUCGCUUCUUCCCCACCUCUCCGGCCUCUUCAGUCGGUCUGUCUGUCCUGCUCCCCUUUCGUUUUCCGGAGACUUAUUGAGAAAUACGACCCCACAGACUGCGAGACUGAACCGCCGCUACAAGCCAAAGAUUUUAUUAUGUUCAGAAACCUGUAGUCUGAAAUAAAGUGUACACUGUGCUCAC